GAGAGAGAGAGAGGCACACAGUGCUGUUAUCACACACACACACACACACACUCACUCACACUCAUACACACACACACACUCACACACACUCAUACACACUCUCACACACUCUGGGACUAUAUUUGGGACUGAGCGGAGUGAGAAACAGUUGAUGACGGAGCUGCUGGACGUUUCUGUCAAACACCGGAAACAACACACAGCUGCUGAUCGAGCUGAAGACCAACAGAUACAGACAUGAUCCCUUAUUCUCCCUAAGAAACUGACCAAUCAGCAGUCAGGAUGAUGCCCAAGCAGCUGGCUCAGACGUCUCCAGGAAGUGUGUUGUCGCUGAGAGGGCCCAGUAUCCCAGGAUCCCCUGCUGCCGCCAUUGUGGCCAGGGUGGAGGAUGGGGUCAUCGGCUAUAAGGACUUGGCGGCGUUACCCAGAGACAAAGCGAUCCUGGACAUCGAGAGACCGGACCUGAUGAUCUACCAGCCGCACUACAGCUACAGUCCUCUGGAGAGGUCCUUGUCUCCUCGCUCCAUCUCUCCUCCCCCCUCCCCAGAGAACCUGUCCAAGGAGUGGCUGGAGAACCGGUCUCCUGGAGGAUCCUCUCCCGGCUCCACCAUCCACACCAGCGGAACGCACAGCACGCACACGCCGCCAACACCACACACACCAAACACACCAAACACACCACACACACCACACACACACCCGUCUGGUACCAAGAGCGCCGUGCAGCACUUCCACAGGCCCGAAAAUGGUUCCAACAUCUACAAGAAGCCUCCGAUCUACAAACAAGAUGCCUCGUCCUCUGUCGUCCCUCAGGGGAAACACAUCGAGGAUCUGAUCAUCGAGUCGUCAAAGUUUCCAGCAGCUCAGCCUCCGGACCCGAACCUGCCCUCCAAGAUAGAGACCGACUACUGGCCCUGCCCCCCCUCGCUGGCUGUGAUUGAGAAGGAGUGGAGGAGGAAGGAGCAGAGGGAUGAAGAUGAGGAGGAGGAGGAGCUGGAUGAUGAGCUGUGGGGACUCCGAGCUCUUCAGAAACAAGAACUCAACAAGAUUCAGUCUAAUCUGGGUAAAAUCAUCCUGAAGGAGGAGUUGGAAAAGUCUGCAGCUCCUCUGAGGAGGAAAACCCGCUCUCUACCGGACCGCAGCCAAAACACCGGGUCCAACGUCUCCAAGUCUGUGUAUUUCCCAGCGUCCUCUAAGAGCGGCCUGUCCAGGCUGCAGUCAGCAGAGUUCAGCUCCUCAGAGAAAACUCCAGCAGGUAAAAACGGAGAUUCCAGGAUGGACAGAGGAAACUCUCUCCCCAGCAUGUUGGAUCAUAAGGUCUUCCCCUAUGAGACGCUGGUGGUGACGCACAGAGGACGGAGCAAACUGCCCCCUGGUGUGGACAGGACCAGGCUGGAGAGACACCUCUCUCAGGAGGAGUUCUUCAGUGUUUUCGGGAUGUCCAUCGAGGAGUUCGACGGCCUGUCGCUCUGGAAGAGGAACGACCUGAAGAGGAAGGUCUGUCUCUUCUGAUGUCGCUGGGACUCCACUUCCCACAAUCCCCUGCUUCUCUCGGAUCGCUGGCAGGAUCCUGAAACCCUGGACUCUGGACAAAAUGUCAUAAUCAGCAGCACGAAUACCACCACCACCACCACCAUCAUCAUCAUCACCGCCACAGCGGCAGCAGCUCGCUGUGGGACGGUGUGUCGAAGUCACAGGUUCGAUGUCGACUCAGUGAAGGUUUGAUGCUGCACAUGUUAAAUCAUCUGUUUCAGUCUCUGGACGUCUGUUUAAGUUCAUUAACAACAAAACUACUGAGCACAAAUGAUCAUCGUGAGGAUUUUAGAGCGGGAGCGACGGAUCUGGACGCAGGAGAGAAAUCAACGUUUGGCUUUUAAUCUUAAAAAUGACAUCAUCAUAGUUUUGAAGGUUUGUCUCCCUCGUAUACAAACUACAGAGGAAAAUAAUUAGCUUUGACUGUAGAACGCAGGUUGUUAAAACCACGUUCUCAGACUGUUGGACUUAAAGGAGCUAUUUGUAAGUUCUGCUUUUGCUACAUAGCUAGCGUUAGCAUUAGCAGCUGUUUACUCAUCAGUCUAGAAGAAACGCUGUGAGUUCAGCAACAAACUUCUGUCUCCAGAGGUGGAAACAAACACCAAUGUUAACUCUUGCCUCUAUCACAUCUUUUCUUCUACUGAAGUUAGCAUGCUAACCAGCUAGCCCCGACUUGUUUCGCCACUUUCCAAUAGAGUUCUGCAGGAAUGAUCGUAUCUUAGCACUUCCUGUUCCCUCGUCCUGGCUUUUCGAACAGGUUUUUGUUUAGAUAACAAUAAUUUACACUUCCAUAUAACAUUUUGUUGUCACUUUGUCACCUUGCAGCUAAUCCUUGUGAAAUAAGACUAGCAGCCGAAAAGGCAGAUUUUACCUUCUCUGUUUUCCCACAGCAUGAAAUGGGCAACAAAGAUUUACAGUAAAGAACAAUAAUGUAAAUCUGUGGCGCUGCAUGGAGCGAGGACUCUAGCUCACAUAGAGUGCUGCAGGAGCCCAGAAACUAGUUAGCAUUUUAGCACUUCCUGUUCCCAGAGGUUUCAUGAUUUAUUCUAUGACAUAAUGCAUCAUGCAUGUUGUACACUGGGCUCAACUCGGCUGGCUAGACAUGAUUAGCAAGCUAGCUACUAUGUCAACAAUGCUAACAGGCUGACCUACAGUCGCCAGUUGGCUAGCAGUUUGGCUCGCCUAAGUCAUUAGCUCGCUAAUACAACUCCUACUUUUAAUGACUUAUUCAGAGUGAAUAAUGCAGAUUUAAAAACGUGUCAGUAACAUAAACUGUUUUAUGUCACACUGUUUAUUUUCUGUAAUAAUCCAAAAGAUAAUGUAAAAAUCUCAUUGGCUUUUGAGGGAAGCAGAGUGAUGCUAACAUGUGGGCUAGCUUACAAAAAUCAGAGGACGUAUUACAACCUUUUGUGUUAUAAACACAACGAUGGCUGAAGCUCUUGAAACUUCCAAACAGCUCCUUUAAAAGUUAUUGGAUUUCUGCUGUGACACUUCCUGGUGUGACUGGACACAGUGUGAAUCCUCUCAACAGAUUUCAAACUGAGUGGCAUGAAAUGAGGAUUUUGGACAUGAAGGGUCAGGGUUUAGUUGAGGAGCGUCACAGUAAGUUCGUAGGACAGGAAGAGGAAGUAGGAGGCCGGUAUGUUCCAGUGAUCAGCAGCUGUUUGGUUGUAGUGGUGGUGUUCUGGAUUACAGAAGGUUAUAUAUUAAUCUCACUACUUUAAAAGAUCAGAUUAAAGGUCACACACACACACACACACACAGCGUCUGCGGGCUCAGACCAACGCGUCGAGCCGCCUGCAGCUACAGGCCGAGGUGUUCCCGCUCUUUGAGGUUUUCAUCAGACCGGAUUCAUUCAAACUGAACAACUGAAGUCAGGGUUUUAUUAUUGAGCUUCCAGCUGCAGUCGGGCAUUAAAACAACAUUCCUGCUGACUCUGAGGGAAUACACCUGUCAGCGAGCUUUAAAGAAAAACAAAACAAAAAAAAAAGCAUUGUUCCUAUUGGCUUAGCCAGCUAUGAUGUCAUAGUGACAGCAUUUCUUUCCCAGCACUGAAAAGAAAAACCAGGAGACAGUUUGAUCGCAGCCACUCAGUCUGAUGUUGAGCAUCACAUCCAGCAGCUAGCAGCUAAUUCCCACUGAAAUAAAGAGGAUCAGGUCAAAUGUGAAAAAAAUAUCGAAAAAUAGAAAAAUUCUGACAUUUAAUCUCAGAAUUCAGAUUUUAAAGUGAUUGGUUUCUUUUUAAAAAUGGCCUCAAUCGUCUUCCGUACCUGCCAGCGAUGAAAGCUACCACAGCUGAAUCCAUCCAUCAGAUGAGGUUAUUAAUUCAACCUUCAGCUUUACUUUACAACUUCAGGCUUUAAUGGCGACGUCUUUUCAAAAUAAAAUGCUUUGGAGGAAAGACCUCGAACCCUGAACGUCCCAGGACAAAAAGGACGUCUUCCAGUGGAGCUGUGGGAGUUGAAAUAUGGGAGUUGAUGACGUGAUGCUGUUGCACAGAAUCUCUUAAAACGUUUCCGUAGUUGAGGAAAAAAAUUAAGUGGAAGAGAUUUUACUGUUUCCAUGGAGACCGAUGAUUUGCUGCCAUUAGCACUUGUGAUUCCUGUUUAUCACUUGUGGGAAGCAGCUAACGUUAAAGAAGUGCGUCACUAUCUCGUCCUCAAAUUGUUUUGACGGGAACUUCACCAGGUGAACUUUGGUCUCUAAGGUCUUUUGUGCAACAUUUUAAGGGAUUUCUUAAGUAUAUUAAAACUAAGAUAAGGAGAAAGUUUUAAACACUUAAGUGAACAUUUUAAGGAGAAGACUUAAGGGUGUUUUGUGCAUUGACCUGCACCAAACGAUUCAUGAGCAGGUCUCACCUGAACAGCUGACAGGUGAGACUCAAUCACAUGAGGCUGUCCACAGACUUUCAAAAUAAGAUGUCAGACCGUUUCAAACCUGUUGUUGAUUUUCUCCUCCGCUCCUUCUGGCUGUGAUGAAACUGUCUCCUCCUUGUUUUUUCUUCCUAGUUCAGCAAAAGCCACUGCCCUGUUUUAUCUAAGUACACCGCACACACACACACACACACACACACACACACACACACACACACACACUCCUGAGGGAUUCUUGCUGUGUAGAAGAACAAUAAUAACCUUCAAACCGGAGCUCAGAGACACGUCGACUGAACCCCGUCUCUGGUUUGUCCACUCGGCAGGUUGUAGACAUUUAGCGUCGGCUAGUGUUGCUUAGUGACCAAAUGAUGUGCAGCUAUUUUUUAACCUACAUAGAGAAGUGGCAUGUUUGUUAUUAAAAUCUGAAAUGUAAAAAUCAUCCAUCAGUACGUGAAUGUUGAAAAGAAAAUGAUCUAUUUUCACCAUCGAAAAGACGAAAAGAGACAAAAUGGACAAACUCUCCUGGACUUCUCUGAGGUUUCUGAAACUGAAGAAUGAUGGGAAAUCACUGGACACGUAUCACCUGGACACCGGAGUUCAGCACCUGUAGUUAUAUAUCUAUGAAGUAUUAAUGUCCACCAGCAUCAUAUCUGAUCUCCAUAAACGUGGAGAGGUUAAAUCUAAACCUGCACUGCAAUAGAACUAACGAAUAGUCGACUUGUUUAACACGUGUAAGUCAUUGAAAGCAGCACAGGUGUUGGUUCAUCACUGAACCUCAGGUAAAGGUGCGAUGUGGAGGAUUUAAUGUGUCAAUAAAUCAAAGUCGGAUGGAUACAGAUCAAUCAGUGUAAUGACUGUAAACCAAUGAGACAACUUUCGUCUGAAUUUGGUUCAGAUUAGAGUCUUGCAGAAAAGAAGGUCGGCCAUGUUUUCACCUGCAGAAGCCUGAUGUUUCGCCUUCGUCGGUCACGUUUCAGCUUCAGCUGAAUUAUUGAAGAGUGACUUUAAAUGUUAACGGGUGUGUUUGUUAUCUGAUGAAGUCUGAUUGAAUCCUCGCUCAGCCACAGUGAGCGUCAGGUGACAGUCAGGUGACAGUCAGGUAAAACCUCACAGUUCAAUCUUCAGCUAGUUCAUACAUCAAAAACAAGUCGAGCUGAAACGAUCUUUUCUCAUGUAAAACAUCAAAACUUUAAAAGCUCCAGCUUCUUAAAUUUGAAGAUUUGCUGCUUUUCCUUUUAAUUAUUGUGAUAAUUUAAAUGAUUGAUUAAUUUGAAGUUUGGGCUGUUGACAAAACAAGAACUGUGAAGGUGUCACUUUUGGUUUUUGGUAAAGUUUACAAACCAAUAAUAAAAAUAAUCGUCAGUCUCCACCUCCACCAGCUGAUGACUAUUUAAUCUAAUAAUAUCUAAUAAUAUAUAAUCUAAUGAUAUAAAAUUUACUAAUUUAUACUUUUAUUUUUAAUACGUUAAGUGCAUCUAUGGAAGCCCUGAGAGGCAAAUGAAUUUUUUGUUUGUUUGUGCAAUACUCAUUUCAGCCACAAGAGGCUGUCAUUUUUUUUGUUUGUUUUUUUUUGUUUUUUGGGGCUUUUUUUGUUUUAUUUUGUAAAACUGAUUCAUGUUUUUUCCGGCUGAUUUUUAUUUGAUUUUAUUUUCAUUUUAAAAUUUUAAAAAAUUUUAAUUUUUUUAAUUUCCAUUUAAUUUUCUUUAGUUUUCUUAUUUUUCAUUUUCUUAUUUAUUUAUUUUUAAACAAUAUGAGUAUUAGAAAAACAAAGACAGAAAAAAUGAAUGAAUAAAUUAACGUCUCCAUAUUUCCCUGUUUAUUCUUAUAUACUAGUUCUUCCACUGAACUGCAGCGUUUUAAAUCAGCGGCUGACGGUCUGUUCUCAUGUGUUUACAGUCAUUAUGUUGUUUUUGUAUUAAGGUGAAUUAUUGAAGGUCAAACGAGACUCUGCACCUUUGAAUCAGCAGCUCAGACCUGUGCCAGGUGUGAACGCAGCUCUCUAGAGUCUGUCAGACAUGAAUUCACUCUCACUGUAAAAUCACCGCCGUCACGUCCCGCGUCACGCACCGCCACGUCUGCCUCGCCACCUCGCGCUUCCUGUGUCCGUGGACGGACGAGACUGAAGAAACAGAAGUGUGUGAAGAUGUUGUCAGGCGGAGUGAGCGAGCAUCAGUCACUUUACGUUGAGAUGAUUUACUUUCUUCUUUCUGUUGAUUUUCUGAGGAAUGAUUCUGAUGAUACUGAGAGGAUUUCAGCUUUGUUCUGAUUGGUUGUGUUUUAGUGAGAGACAGGAAGUGGGUUGCUGUGACUAACACCAUGAAGACACAAAGAUUGUUCCAUGUUUUGUUUUUUUUUUCUUUUUGUACAUUUUGAGGUGUUUUAUUGUUUUUAUUGAAUUAUUUUAAGACGCGGGGCGACUUCGUGGAGCCGUGUCGCUGUCGACGCUUCUGAUAGGCUGAUGCAACUGCCGUAUGCAUGAUGUCAUGAUGAUGAUGUCAUAUUUUUAUUUAACCUUUAUUGAAACAGAUUCAUGUAAGGACACAGUUGCGGGGUCCUGGCUCAGAGGCGCGGCGGGUAGUACUCUGGAUUUGGACUGUGAGGUCAGACUGAGGUCAAAGGUCAGACUGAGGUCAGACUGGUUGACAGUGACUCGCCUGUCUGAAGCCGCCCUGCUGCUGUACAUACAGAACCACUGAAUGACAAUAUGAUUAUUGUUGUUGUUGUUUUCAUAUCUGGAUGCAGGUGAUGUAACAGAUGAAUGGUGAUGUGAAUGAUUAACCAUGAGUUAUAAUAAAGAGCAUUUCUAUUCGC